CAGAAAUGGAGCUCAAACGAUGGCUUGGGAGCAUUAAUUAUUUCCCCAACCAGGGAGCUGGCGUACCAAACAUUUGAAGUUCUGAGAAAAGUUGGCAAAAAACAUGACUUUUCAGCGGGUCUAGUCAUUGGAGGAAAGUUCAUAAAGGAGGAGUCGGAGAGGAUAAAUCGCACAAACAUUGUGAUUUGUACUCCUGGUCGACUGCUACAACAUAUGGACGAGACAGCAUACUUCACUGCACAUAACCUGCAAAUUCUAGUGCUUGAUGAGGCCGACAGGAUUCUAGAUAUGGGGUUUGCUCAGACUAUGAAUGCUGUCAUAGAAAAUCUGCCCACUAAGCGUCAAACUUUGUUGUUUUCUGCAACACAGACUAAAUCUGUGAAAGACCUGGCCAGGUUAAGUCUGAAGGACCCUAUGUAUGUGUCAGUACACGAGCACUCAGAACAUAGCACCCCUAAAGACCUGGAACAAAGCUAUGUAGUCACUGAAGUGGACAAAAAGAUUGAUCUUCUCUGGUCUUUUGUGAAGCAUCAUUUAAAGAAAAAGAUCCUGGUGUUCUUGGCCAGCUGCAAACAGGUGCGUUAUAUGGCAGAGUGUUUCAAGAAGCUGAGACCAGGGAUCUCAGUGGGGUGUCUGCAUGGAGGAAUGAAGCAGCUGAAGAGAGUGGAUGCUUAUGAUGAGUUCUGUAGAAAGCAAAGUGCCUUACUCUUUGCCACUGACAUUGCAGCUAGGGGCUUGGAUUUCCCUGCUGUUCAUUGGGUCAUCCAGCUAGAUUGCCCUGAGGAUGCCAGCACAUACAUACAUAGAGCUGGGAGAACAGCCAGGUAUGAGAAAGGAGGUGAAUCACUGUUAAUUCUGUUGCCAUCAGAAGAGGAGGGAAUGGUGGCUCAACUAAAAGACCGAAAAAUACCUAUUCAGAAAAUAGACGUUAACCCCAGUAAACAAUGGAGCAUCCAGCCCAAGAUUCAGUCAAUGUGUGCAGCAGAGGUUGAACAUAAAGAGAUGGCUCAGAGAGCUUUCGUGUCCUACCUUAGGUCCAUCUUUCUCAUGAAGAAUAAGGAAGUGUUUGAUGUUCAUAAAGUGGACACUGAGGCAUUCUCAAAGUCCCUUGGUUUAGCCAUAGCUCCUAAGAUUAGAUUUGUGGCAAAAGACAAACAAAGACUGGAGGCAAAACAGAAUAACAAUACACAGCCAGUCUUGUCAAAAUUAAAAAAUAAAACAGUUUCAUCCACCACCAAUGAUGACAAAGUUUCACCUUUAGAUUCAACUGACAAUGUUAACGCUGACUCUGAAGAAUCAGAUAAUGAAUCUGAUGAUGAGAGUGGUGAAGAAAGUGAUGCAUCUGACAUUGAUGAUGGAACAUCUGAGGAAGAAUCAGAUGAUGAUGCAGGGAACAGACUUAAAGCUGAACAGCUUCUUGGGAUUAGUCAUGAUAGCGAAAGUGAAACUGACAAUGUUGAAACUAUGACAAAAUCCAAACAUAAAAAGGAUAAAACCAAAAAAGCAACAGAUAAAGACACAAAAGUAAAAGCAGUUAAAAAAUCUAAAACUAUAGAGGAAAAUAAAACAGAUUCUAAAAAUAAACAACAAAAAUCACAAGACAAAAUGACAAAUAAGGAACACUCAAAAGGUGCUGCAUUUGAUGUUUCUGAUGAGGAAGAUGAUUUCCUGACUGUGAAACAGAGACAUAUACCUGGUGCAGAUGACAGUGACGUUGCUACAGAUGAAGAGGAAGAUGUCCUCGAACCUGAAAAGGCCUCCUCAAAAAAGGACAAGAAGAAACCUCUGUCCAAGAUUGCUAUUGCCAAGAAGGCUCUUAAGAAGAAAAUCAAGCUUAAUACUAAAAUCACAUUUGAUGAAGAAGGAAAGGCUGUAGCUGAUUAUGGCAAGGCAGUAAAUGCUCCACUAGAUGGCUCUGAAGAAGGUGGCAUUGACCUUGAGGUUGCUAAGCAAUGGAUGAAAGACCAGGAUGUGCAGGACAAAGAACAUUACAGACAGAAAAUAAAGAAAAAACACAAGGAAAAAAGAAUGAAAGCUAAAGAGGAGCGAAGACGUCUCCAGAAAGAAAAAGAUGGCAAUACAUCUGAUAAUGACAAUGAGAGCCUAGAUGAAGAAAUGUCUGCACUGAUUGAUGGACUGCCUGACCCUGAUAAACACUACGGCCAGAAAGAGGCUGGAGAAGAUGAGAGUGAGGCUGACUCUUCAGAAGAUGAACCCGAAGAAGGACCAGUACAAAAGAGACGUAAAUUGUCCCAGAAAACAAAGAAAAGUCAUAAAGACAGUGAGAGUGAUAGUGACAAUGAUGGUGGUGAAUCAUAUGAUGAAAGUGCCUCAGAUGACAAUAUGGACACUGAGCUACAAGAUGACGAGGCUCUGGCAUUGAAGUUACUGGGAAUGUAAAAUAAUUUAUAAUUCAAGGAAUUCAAGGAAAUAUUUAAUAAAAUCAUUGCAUUGCAACAAUAUAUUUUCAAAGGUUUUGUUAA